UAUGUAGUACAAUUCGUAUAGAUUACAGAAUUCAUAAUAAUAUGUCUUCUGUACCUAUUGGUUAUUUUAUAUCCAUAUAACUUAAUAGGUACACUAGGUACAGUCGAGUCUCGAUAACUCGAAAACUUGACAACUCUAAUUUUUUUUUAUUCCCUUUGAAAUAUAAAUUAUAUAUAAAUUAAUAUAAAUUCGAGUUAGAUAUCUCGAAGUGAAUUUUUAUCUCCCUUCAACUUCGAGACUCGAGUUAUAUUAUACUUAUCUAUGCUCGAGUUAUCGUGACGACUAUAUAGUCGUCCAGUCUGCAGCGAGAGAACGCAUCGAUUCUGCGCAACCCCCAGUGUCACCACUAAUCACUAUGCUAUCAAAACUGGUUCACUUAUGGCUGAGUGUCAUUACUCAUUGGGGAAUGCGCAGAAAAACUGAUUUUGGUAAUUUGGUCGGUCUGUGGCGCGUUCUCUUGAUGGACAGAGUAGUUUUUGAAAAUCAGCUAUAUAGUAGGGUGUUUUUGUGUUACCAUUACAGCAACAAAUUCAAAUGACAACAAAGAAGAUAUAUCAUUAUGAGUAUGAAAAUUGAUUUGAAAAGAAAUUAAAAAAAAAUGGUUAAAAAAAUGAAGAAGCAAAAGAAAACGAUUAAGACCAUGGAUCAUACCGAAAUUAUGUCAUCAAAAAAAUCUAAGAAACCUAAUCAACCUACCACAAAAAUAGAAGAUCCGAAAAUGUGUUUUACGUGUGAUGUUUGUAAUGCAUCAUUUAAUCAAAAACAUCAUAUAGUUAGACAUUGUAAAAUCCAUACAGGCGAAAAACCAUUUUCUUGUGAUGUUUGUUGUAAAACAUUUAGGGACCAAUCUAAUUUGCAAAAUCACCUAAAUACUCACACUGAAAAAAAACGUUUCCAGUGCUUUAUUUGUGGUAAAAAGCUUAGGAAAAAUUAUAAUUUGCUUGUUCACUAUAGAACGCACUCUCGUGAAAAACCAUAUAAGUGUAAUGAAUGUAUAUUGUCGUUCACGACUAAUGGAAAUCUUACAAGACAUAUACUAAUAAAACAUCGAUUGAAAACCCAAGAACAAAACAUUAAAAAAGAUGAUAGAUACUGUCAUAAAAUAAAUGAGUGCUUUGUAUUGCUUGAAGAUUUUAAUAAACACAAAAUAGUUCAUAAAGUUAACAAGAGUCCAUAAUAUAAAACAUUUGAAAAAUGAUAAUGCUGCUGUUCAUAUAGAGAAAACAUAAAAUUCAAUCAAAAGAAUGUUUUGUAUUGCUCUCAGACUUUUAUAAAACACAAAAAUAUUAAUUAAGUUAUUAAGGAUCAUUAUAUAUACUGAAAAUUAUUUAUUGUAUGAUAAUAUUAAAAACAUAUAUUUAGCUUCUACUAGUAUAAUAAGAUAAUUUCAAAGAAUGUUAAAGAAUAUUUAGCAAUGUAAGUGUAACAAUUGCAAACUAAUAUUUAUUUAAACACUUAUACAAAUCACUG